AUGCUAGGAGGUAGAGUUGUCCCUCCAAGGCUUGUCAUCAAGGGAAGGUACAUAGGAGGAGCUGAUGAAGUAGUGGGAGUACUUCAUGAGCAGGGAAAGCUAAGGAAGCUCUUGGAAGGUAUCCCACUUGUCCCAGCCAAUCCUGUGUGCUUCAACUGCAAUGGCAGCCGGCAGGUCUUGCCAGAAGGUGAUCAAAGUGAUGAAGAGUUGCACUACAUUAGAUGUCCAGAGUAUAAUGAAAAUGGAUUGGUUAAAUGCCCCAUUUGCUUCUAG